AUGAUGGCACACCAAGCCAUGUCGUACUCGCAAGCUCUCUCGGUACGACAGAAGACAGUUGCACGCUUGUCAGCUGCAACCAGUUUGCGAGGUGCUGACACGAAGGCUGACCCGACGGGAGGGACACGAAAGGUCGACCACCAGCCGCGGACAUCGCAGGAGGAGUCGGACGUCUACGUCUUGACGCUGGACACAACGCCUUCGCUCAGUCAGCCGUUGACGGCACUCCGCGACGAGCAUUUUCCAAUUCAUCUCAACCACACGUCUGCGCACCUCACCAUGUUUCAUGCGUUGCCAGGAUCGGAGAUGACCGGCAUAGUAGCGGCGCUGCAGGAGCAUUGUCGAAACACACGCCCGUUCAAGCUGACGACGGGUGCGCCGUUCCGUAUGAAACGAGGGGUUGGCAUCAGCGUACAGGCCUCAAAGGCCGCGCAACGCUUACACAAGGAGCUGCAGCGACGAUGGGCGGAGAUGCUCAGCGCACAGGACCAACAGGGCUGGCGGCCGCACUGGACGGUCCAGAACAAAGUCGACGACGAGGCCGCCGUGGAAAAGACAAUGGACCAGGUGCAGCACGAAUUCCAGGGGGCCGAGGGGCUGGCGAAGGGAUGCACGCUGUGGCGCUACGAGAGCGGAGGGCGAUGGAAAUUUGAACGCGGCUUCGACUUUGGCAGCGGCAAAUAA